AUGUACGAAGUUUUGGAGCAGAUUAUCCUGGACCGAGUUAUCGCGAAGAAACAACAUGCGACGAGCAAGCUGGCUUUCGUCCUGACCGACAUGCGAUUGACCAAGUGCUCAUCGUUAGGAGAGCGAUGGAAAUUUGGUAGGUACUCGAAGCCGAUGCAAUUAGCCUUUCUGGAGUUUGAAGCCGCUUUCGACUUUCCUCAUCGAGGCUGUCUUCUCAACGCGCUCCACGUAGAUGGAGUACCAGGAAAGGUCGUACGCUUGAUUGAUAACAUGAAUUAA